AACCGUCCAAUAAAUACGUAGACGGUUCCUACUCCAUUGUACGCUUACAUUUAUGGUGCACCAUCACACAGCUGAAUAUUCUCACCCCUUCGCAAUUUUGUCUAUAGAAAGGGGGAUGGAAACGGUUUAUUCUGUUAACUCUCUUCCCUCCACUUCUUUCUUCUUCAAAAUCUCACCUGACUCCAUUGAUAGCUAGCUUCUAGGGUUUCGACGAUGUGGGGCUUUAACGACAGUUGCAGUCGCUGUAAAACUAAUGACGCGGUCGUGUACGAUUACGUGACGAAGAAGAUAACUUGCUCCGAUUGUGGUCACUUCAUCGCCACCACUGACACUGCUUUCUUGACCUCCGAUCUUGGAACCUCGCGCAACCCUAGCUCUAUCUCCGUAGCAACCACCGAUCCGAACAACGCUUCGUCUGACGAUCAUCUCUCCAUCUCUGAUCCGCAGAAGCUUGGCUUCGAUCCUCUUGCCGUGGCCACCACACAACAGAGUAACGCUUCUUCCGCUGAUGCCACCAUAAUCGCUUCUAUGUCCGAUAGGUUGAAUCUUCUCGCGACAGUCAAGAAUCAGGCUACUGAGAUCUCUGAACGAACAAAGGGAGAAAUAAAGGGAAGAAACGUCCGUUUCGCUGCUUCUAUCUACAUAGCCUGCAGACAAAAUGGCAUGGCUUUGAGUAUCAGAGAAAUAUCUUAUGUUGCCGAUGGAGCAGAAGAGUCCAAGAUUACCAAUGCAGUCGGAUCUGUACUUCACAAACUUGGCCUCCCGCCUCAGUUAAUGCACAUCCGAGCUGCUGAGUUUGCAAAGCGAUAUUCCACUGACCUUAAAUUGGAUAGCCAAGUCGUUAAAGCUGCUGAAGAAGCUGCGGAAAAGUGUAGUGACCAUGUUAACAGCGGUAGGGCACCGUCAUCAAUUGCAGCUACAGUCGUCUAUAUCAUUGCGCAACUUUAUUAUGAGAAGAACCUGGUCAAAGAUAUUAAAGAAGCUACUGGAGUUCAGGAAUAUACGAUAAGAAAAGCAUACAAGGAUAUGUAUCCAUAUCUGGCAAAGAUAAUACCCACGUGGUUUGCCAACGCAGAUGACCUGAAAAAGCUUCCCAGUCCCUAGUGUAUCUCUCCAUCUAAGAGGAUACAAGCUCAUCUCACAAAGGAAGAUUCUUGCUAAACGCC